AUGCAGCCCUCAUUGUUCCUUCUCGGCCUCCUUGCCCGUCUCGUUUCUGCCCACGGCAAAAUCACCGUCGUGACGGGCAACGCAGGCGGCAACGGCACAGCCUUGGGCAUCCAGGGCGGCGUUAUCCCCAGUGAAGGCAACAGUGGCAAGGCCCAAUCCGACACAACAAUAUUCUCUUCAACCAAACUCCUCUCCGCCGGCCUCGGCAAGACCACCGGCUCCGGAAAGAACACCAUAUCCAUGCUCGUCGACGCCAUGGCCCUCUCCGGCCCGAUCCUGCCCCAAAUCACCCCCGGCGGCUCUCUCUCCGGCACCUGGCGCAUCGUGACGGCCGACGGAGCCGGCCCGAUUGGCGCCGUCAUCGACCCGACCGCUAAAGGCAACUUCACAACGGGGAUCCCGCUGACCGUCGUGCAGCAGGUGCCGGGUUACAAGGGGAACUUCAUCUUCCCCGAGGACCAGAAGGUCGAAGAAAAGAGGAGUAUCUUCCGUCGGGCGAUGGAUGCCGCCAGCUCGGUGGUGCUGAGCAAGAGGGCUGCGCGGACGGUGCAACAGGACUUUGCGUUUGAGUUUGCCGUACCGGCGAAUGUGACGUGCAAUGGUGUGAUUGCGGGGUUGAGGGGGGUUUGUUUGGUGAAGAUUGCGAAUGCGCACAAGGCUGGGCCGUUUGGAGGUGUUGUGGCCGUGCAGAUGGCGACGGCUUCAGAGGGGGCUAAGUGUUCUAGGGAAUUUAGGGCUUGA